GGAAUGCCCCGCAGCACGUGCUGCAAAACGCGAAUCUCAACCUGGGCCGGAUGAGCAGCAUGGUGGAGCUCGAGCGGACGAUCACGGACGACGACGACGUGCAUGUGGCGGUCGUCGACGACGGCGCCGAGACCGAGGACGUCGAGCUUGACGAGGACGAUCCGCUCUCGGUGCUCGGGAAGCGACCCCAUGAGGACACGGACGACGCGUCGCCGCAGGGCAAGCGCCUGCGCAAGGACGCUGUGGACGUGAUCGACCUCGGCGACGACGAUGAUGACGACGACGACGACGACGACGAUGACGAAGACGAUGACGACGAAGACCGCCAUGUGGUCUCAGCGAGCCCGCAUCGCCCGUUCUCGAAAAACGAUGCGAAGAACUUCAACAUGAAGAACGCCAAGGCCAGCGGCGCUGCGUACAAGCAGGCGCAAGCCCCGCUCAGCACGCAUUCGCCGAGCAUCCAGCGCUUGCUCGACUCGAUUGACAGCAAGACCAAAAUGGAGCUCUUCUCGGACGCGUUGGAAACGUACGGCAACGACCUCUUCCACGGCCACGAGUCGUGGCGGGACCAGCUCUUGAUCAAAGCGUGCCGGCUCGACCCGUCGUUUGUGACGACGAUCACGGAACUCGCGCGCCCGAGCGGUGCGUACAACUCGCCCUUGGUGCUCAGCGGCGAAGAGGACGAGGCGGACGUGGAAGACGACGACGACGACGACGACGAUACGAGCAGCGUCGAGAUCAUCGAGCCGCAGGAGCAAGAGAUCGCACACUCGGGCGAAGAUGACGACGACGACGGGCUGAACCUCGUGUCGGGGGACGACGACGAGUUGAACCUGGGCGACUUUUUACCGUAAUAAGUUAAGCGAUGGCGUCGAUUCGCGUUGCUCAUCGACAGACAACCAGCCACGGCCAAGCACGAGCGUCGCAGUACACGGCCCAUCGAUCCCUACCCGCCACCGAGAACAUCGAUCCUUCGAGGUCGCAAAGGUUGCGAUGUCCAUGGCCUCCCCAGUGACGCUUCACGCCUGUGUGUUUCUUGACUGCAACCCCGAGCCUCGUCUUCUGGGAUCCUGACCGACACUAUCGUCAAGCGGUUCAGCCGCAAGAGAGCUAUCGUGAGCCAUUGCGUCCGGCCGUCAAUGCAGCGACGCAUCAUCGUGUACGGGUAUGAUCUUGAGGUAUACCAGCGCCAACCAACGCGUCCCGAGACAGCAUAAAUCGCCCUUGCAAAACAAUAAUGUACAGCGCUUUAGACCAAGUCGGUGGUCGCCUUCCGGC